AUGACAGAGAUUAGUUUAGAUAUAAACAAUAUUAAGCAAAGUAGUAUCGAACAACCAGAUGGAGCAUCAGUAAUUCCAAAAAGAAACACAUACAAACCAGAUUUACAAAAUCCAAAAAAGAUUAUUUUAUUUGAUGGUAUUUGUAAUAUAUGUGAUGGUUUUGUUCAAUUUGUUUUCCCAAGAGACUCUGAAAAAGUAUUCUCCUAUCAAGCACUUCAAACUGAAAAAGGUAAAGAAAUUAUAGAAUACUAUGGUCUUCCAAAUGAUCUUUCAACAGUUAUUUUAGUAGAUGAGGCUACUGGUAAUUUUCUUACAAAAUCAACAGCAAUUUUAACUGUUUGUUAUUAUUUAAAGGCACCAUACCCAUAUUUAUAUAGUUUUAGUUAUAUUCCAAAAUUUAUUAGAGAUUUUUGUUAUGGAACUUUUGCAAAUUAUAGAUAUUUAAUCAUGGGUAAAAAAGAUUCAUGUAUGUUUAGCCCUGCUUUAAGAGAUAGAUUUGUAGAUUUCAAGAGUCCAAUGAUUUUAAAUGAAGAAGAAUCAAAAGAAAUUUAA